UGCGCAAAGUCCAACCGCGAAAAUUUUAAAAUGGAUGAAGAUGAAAUGUCACUUGUAUCUUGUUGUAGCAGGCGUUCUGUGAAUGCAUUGACUACAAUAGUCGAAGAGCAUAUAGAUGAAAUCAUAGAGCAGCACGUCGAAACAACAGAUGAGCAGAAAAGUCGUUAUAGACAGCGAUUUCGAGAGAUCUUUGAAGCAGCCUAUCAUGAGAAUGUCACAGUGGAUAAUACACCCUGGGCUGAAUCUACAUCGCAGGAUGACAUCACACCAGUGUUUGACCCUGAGGAUGUUGAAAAGAGGAAACAUGUUGAAGAAGUCAUGCAGAUAGAGCUGGAUGAAACACUGGUGAAUGUUACAAAAAAGCGCAAAUAUAUGCCCCGCCAGUGUAUGUCACAAUUAGCCAAACGUUGCCUUGCAGAAUGUAAUUAUUAUAAUGACAUCCAAGCGGAGGUUACCAGCUCAAUAACAACCACAUCUACAGUACAAACGGAUGACACAUCAGCUGACAGGUUAAAGGAAUGCGCUUCAGAUUUGGCAAAAUUGAAAAAGGAUGUGCCAUCAACAAUUGACAAAAUUUCACGAUUGGAAGAUGCAAGAAUAGUAUCCAGUAGAGUUCAAACUUCAACGGAUAAUGUGAUAUUCAACCCGAUUCCUGGUGAAACAAAAAUGGCAGACUCUGUUACGCCAUUACGAAAUCAAAUUGAACAGACAAUAGCCCCUCCACCACCUAAAAAAUUGAGACCUGACCAAAAUAGUCAUGUUGCAACACAAGCCAUCAAAACACGGAGAAUUAUUGAUGGUUCAGGAUAUGUUGUAGAUCAAUGAUCUAUGGAAUGUUUUUUACAGUUUUAUUAAUGUUUUGUAUACAAAAAGAGCAGUGUCUGUAAUUCUUAUUAUCCUAAAUAGCCCCAUUGAUUUGUAAAGUUGGUCAAAACAUUUUUCAUGAUUUUCAAGUGAUUCCAAAUGCCUUUUCUGUGGGUGCAACCUUCUCAAUACCUAAAGUAGGUGCAGCGUCCAGUAGUGCUUCAGUAUUAGGGAUAUUGCUUAUCUUCAUGUAUGAUUAUGUCAGUAUGAAUAGACUUACCAGUGGUAAUAUAUAAUAAAUCACUAUCAAUGAACAUUGCAUCAAAACUUUCGGUAUCUAGUGACAUAACCAGUCCAGGGAAUUUUUUUAAUUCUAUUUUCGGUGAAUAC